UUCUUUUUACUCCUCCUCCUCCUCCUCUUUCUCCAUCCUUUUUCUCUUGUAAGCGAUCAAGUGAAAUAGUCAAGACGGAGACUGCAAGCAGGCGACAGCUUCAAUGGGAGACACAAGUAACGACAUCGUGAUGAUGGACCAUCAGGCAAACAGCGGUUCCACUGCGGACACAUUUAAAAAAGACCAACAUCUUAAGAAGGGUGCAAUUCUGGUGGAUGGGGUGGUUUUGAAUGGACCUCUUCUGGAUGCAAAAGCAGGCGAGAAGUUCGUUGAAGAUGCAUUCCCAAUCAUCAUGGAAGAUGCUGUAAAGAAAGCUACUGAUGUUAAUGAAAAGGUAUGUGACUGGCAGCCUCCUGAAGAGCUUAAGAAACUCCUUGACUUGGAAUUGAGGGACACAGGAGAAUCCCAUCACCAACUGCUGCAACGAUGUCGGGAUGUCAUAAAGUAUAGCGUGAAAACAGGUCAUCCAAGAUUCUACAACCAGCUAUAUGCUGGGAUGGAUCACUAUUCUCUUGUUGCCCGUUUUAUUACUGAAGCUCUCAAUCCCAGCGUCUACACCUAUGAAGUUGCACCAACAUUUGUGCUCAUGGAGGAAGCUGUUUUAAAGAAGAUGGGGGAGCUUAUAGGCUGGGCAGAUGGGGAUGGGAUCUUCAGCCCUGGAGGCUCUGUUUCCAACAUGUAUGCUGUAAAUCUAGCUCGAUACAAGCACUGUCCAGAGUUAAAGGAGACUGGGCUGGCAGGUGCACCCCGUAUGGCGAUGUUUACAUCUGAGGAGUGUCACUACUCGGUGAAGAAAGCUGCUGCCUUCCUUGGAAUUGGCACCCGCAAUGUUUAUGUGGUCAAAGCUGACAAAAGAGGCAAGAUGAUACCAGAAGAGCUGGAGAAAGAAAUUCAAAGAGCCAAGAAAGAAGGGGCUUUGCCCUUUAUAGUUAUUGCCACUGCAGGGACAACAGUACUGGGAGCAUUUGACCCAUUGAAUGAGAUUGCAAACAUCUGUGAAGCCCAUGGAAUCUGGUUCCAUGUUGAUGCAUCGUGGGGAGGCAGUGCACUGAUAUCCAGAAAACAUCGUUCUCUUCUGAAUGGUAUCCACAGGGCUGAUUCAGUUGCAUGGAAUCCACACAAGAUGCUGAUGGCUGGUAUCCAGUGCUGUGCGUUUCUUCUGAAGGACAAUACAGGCUUGAUAGACAAAUGCCACUGUGCCCAGGCCAUGUACCUAUUCCAACAGGAUAAGUUUUACAACAUUGAUUAUGAUAAAGGUGACAAGUCGAUCCAGUGCAGCCGGAGGGCUGAUUCUUUCAAAUUCUGGUUAACAUGGAAGGCUGUUGGAUCAAGUGGACUGGAGGAAAGGGUCAAUCGUGCUUUUGCAUCUGCCAGAUAUUUGGCUGAUGAAAUUAAGAAGAGGAAUGAAUUCAGGUUGAUUUUGGAGCCGGAGUACACAAACGUCUGCUUUUGGUACAUACCACCUAGUCUUAGAGGUGUGCCCGAGGAUCAGAAUUUCUGGAAGAAACUUCACGGGGUUGCACCAGUAAUUAAGGAGAGGAUGAUGAAGAAAGGCAGCAUGAUGGUGGGUUAUCAGCCUCAUCGUGACAAAGUCAAUUUCUUCCGUCAAAUCAUCAUCAGCCCCCUUGUCAGCCGUGAGGAUAUGGACUUUAUUCUCAACGAGAUCGACUGCCUGGGGAAGGAUUUGUAAUUUUGUUUAAGGUGUAGCUGAUAAGUUUACAGUUAUGUUUACUAGAAAGAGUUUAAAAUCUUCAGGCUUUAGCUUAGAAAAUGGGGAAGAACUAACUUGUCCUGUAUUUAAUUUUAGCAUGAACAAAAUUAACCUUCACCCAUCAGAACACACAAACUUAUUUUACAGAACAAUGUCAAGGCUUAGUGAACUCUUGUGAAAUAUUUCUGACCUGUAUUUGUAUUCAGUUACAGUUAGUUGGUCUUAUAGUACAAGUGUCUUUGCAGACAUAAUGAUGGUGUACAUCUAUGCCAUCCUGGGUGUGCCUAAACUUAAGUAGUAAAAGCAAACAUCUACAGACCUUGCCUACUGCUUAUCCAGACAUCUCUCUGUAGCAUUACAUCUCGUCUUGCUCAGCUUCAUUAAUUCCAAUGCCAAGUCAUGAGAAAGGAUGAAAGUAUAAAUUUAAACUUGAACUUUUAAUUUCUUUGUUGCCAGAUGGACUUCAAAUUUUAAUUUUUCAGAGUGACCAAGCUCCAGUAAAAAAAAACAUUUAACUUUCAUUUGCUUUUACAUUAGCUUACAAAGUUAAAUUCCCAACCUACCUCUGUGACUUGGCAAUGGGACAAAUAUAAAUAAGGGCCAAGAAAGAAGAGUCAAGUUUUUCCUUCUUUCCGACCGUGGGUAAUUUCCAGGCUGCAGCUAACAUGGGAGCGGAUAGAUACAUGUGAAGGAACGAAAACAAAUACUAAUGUGUUUCAUUUUAUGGAAAAUCCAGGGUGCAAAGCCAAAGACCAUAAUUCAGCAGUAGGAAGGAAGAUGAGGCAAAUCAAGAAAAGCUAUCACCAAUAUUACUGGCACAAGAAAGAAACAAUCAUUCAUUUGGUAUGAUUAUCAGUUUAGCCUUUGAUAAAAUUAAAAAUGAUUGCUUAGCAUAUUUUGUUGCCAGUCACAAGAAUUAUUAUAACCACGCUAACUUGUGAUCUUUAUGCUAAAAAGACGGCAAGGGCAAUUAGAGUUCACUAUACGUGCAAUAUUGUGAGGUACAGCUGUACGUAGUUAAUAUAACAUACAGUUUAAUGCUGCUGUACUGAUAGUGAUAUUAUCAAAUUAAGCUUCAUUUAAUUCUUGGAAUUAUUCCUACAGCUUACUAGAUAUUUUAAAGUGAGCAAUUUGCUUUGCAUGUGUAUAUUUUGAAAGAGCAAUGUUUAAAAGAAAACUCUUAAAACAGGGACUAAAUGGUCACCAAGAUCAGAAUUUCAUUUUGUAACCAACACCAUCUCAACCCUCCACACCACCCAAGACAGGUAUCUAAGUGCCUACCUGAGAAUCCACAAAUGGUACUUCUGAAGGUUUUGAACUGCAUGCUUUUUACCUAGAAUAUUUAUUUCAAAAGCUUUCAAGUAGCAAGUAGCAUUUUAUGGAAAGAUCACUCCAGGCUAACAGUGCUGCUAUGACAAAUUAGUGAAGUACAAUGUUUGCAUUAUGAUGGCUCAUACUCUCUGUAAGAUGACAAAGCUUUUAAACAAAAAGCCUUUAUAUCAAUGUAAUAUAAAGAAUUUUUGAAUGCCUGCUACUCGGCGUACAUAUUUUUGAUCUGCUAAAAUCAUUGUGAAGGUGUUAGGUUAUAUUGAAAUUUACUGUACAAGAUCAGAUCAGUGUUGGGUCAGAAGGAAGAUGAUGAAAUGUUACCAGCAAUCUUUCUCCUGUGGAUGGUUUCUCUUUCUGGGUAAAGGCCUUCCUAGUGAUAGUAGGGCAGGCUUAGAAAAGAUGAGGCCUCAUACAGACACUUUUUUUUUUGAGGAGUUCUUUGCUUUGUUUAAACAAUGUUUUUAUUUUCCAUGGGCAUUGUUGUAUUUAUUACAAUAUUCAGUGAAGAUGGUUACUUUUUUAAAAAAAAAUAUUUUCUGGGAUACUGAAUUGUUUAAUGUGGAAAAGUGUUGGAGUGUGGAGCUCUGGUAAGAAGACUAUUGUAAAAGAAAACAAAACAUAUUUGUUUGCUGUCCGGUAAUUUAAGCAGUGAAAAACGUAACCUGUGUCAUAUGCAGAAUUUGUUAUAUAACCCUCAUCAUCAUUUCUGAGAACCCUGUUUUAAGGCAGCUGAUUCUCUGCCCCUCAGAUAUUCAGCCCCAUGCUUCCUUAUGGGAUUUUCCUUUUACAUGCAACACCCAAGGCUCUGUAGAAAUGAUGAUGCAGAGGUUGGAUUGUUAUUUGUGUGGUUCAGAUACAAGUGCAAAUAUGGCUGCAAAUGUAAAGUUAUUGGAAUGGAAGUUGCCAAAUUUGUCAAGAAAGACUUUCACUAAAAUAAAGAGAGAAGAAGUGUCAAAAUAUGACACUAAGGAUAAUAACAAGAAAAGGUAGAAAGAAUGAAUUAGUAACAUUAUCUUUUGUACCUCCAACAGCAGGAUAGUAGUUACUGUAUAUUAGUGGACAAGGAUACAAAGGCCUGAUUCAAAGACCUGAGGUAGAAUAACUUAAAAGAGAAUGUGAAAUAAAAAGGGAGUCAGUAGCUGGAGAAGUUACUGGAAUGUUGUCAAAGUGCAUCUGAUUCAGUAAUGUUUGCCAUCCUUUAUCUGGUCUGGCCUAAACAAGACUCCUGGACCACAGCCAAGUGUUGAUGCUUCAAUGCCCUCUGAAACAGUCUAGUCAGCCACUCGGCACAAACUAAAUACUGCCGACGCUGGAAAUCUGAACCAAAACUGAAAAUGCUGGAAACACUCAGCAGGUCAGGCAGUAUUUGUGAAAGAGAAUUAAUGUUUCAGAUUAGUGAUACUUCAUCAGACACAGUUCUGAUGGGAGGUACUGGAUCUUAAACAUCAACUUUGUUUCUCUCUCAACAGAUGCUGGCUGACCUGCUGAGCAUUUACAGAAUCUUUUUAAAAUUUAUUUAGCAUGCCAUUUAUGGGUGAGCAACAAAUGCCAGCAUUGCCAUUAAAGUCAAAUGCCAGCCACUGUGUUCAAUUGUAUGUACGUGUGUGUAUACACACACACACACACACACACACACACACACAAAGAUUUAAGACUGAAAUUCACCCUCAAAUUCUUCCAGAGAUUAGCCAGUAAGUUAAAGCUCCACAAAUCAGAGGGUUAUCUGAACAAAUCUGGGGAGUUGGUGAAUUUAAAAGGAUGCUAUCCUGUUCAUGGAUUUAAUUACCUGGAUCCACAAGCUUUUAGAUAGAGUUAAAACUUUGGAUAUUUUAAAUCUCUAAGUACCUCAAUCUUGUUUUAACAUUCCUGUAAUUCUUUGCUCUAAAAUACUAGCUCAGGAUAAUUUGCAUUGGAGAGACUAGAUUCCAUUCACUUCUAAUUUACAUGAGGGGGAAAAAAAGGUCCUCAAGUCCCUUUUACCCAUUGUAUUUAAAUGGCUGGAGAAAUUGGAAAGAAACAAGCAGGAUAACAGUGGGAAAGAUAAUGAUGUCUGGGACGAUAACAAUCUCCAUCAGUAACUCUAAAAUACUUAACAAUCCAUAACGAUUCUAUUCACACAAAAUUAUUGUCAUUGCUUAUUGACUGACUCAUUGUUUUUGUUCAGUUGUGAAACUAACUAUUGCUGGUUGAUUGGCACAUCAGGAUUUGGCAUACUAAAAUGGUUACCGGCACAUUCAUGGUAUUGGGCUAGAAGACAAAUCGAUCCAUAAUUUUUCUGUUUCCUGAUAAAUGUAUUGAUGAUAUUUUUGACAGAACUUAUUGUUAAAUCUGUUGAGUUAGGUAUUUAUUGAUCUAUACAUUUUUUUCUCUACUGAGAGGAUUUCCAAUCAUUCUUUUUGUUGAAAUUUUAACUAAAAUCUGAAGACCAUCUUUAUCACUCUAUCCAAAUUCAGACAAGGACAUUUCUUUUGGUUCUGCAGAAUCAGUUCACUUUCCAAUUGGUCAGGAGGUGGGUGUGGCAGCAGGUUGGGGAAAGGAAUCAGGAGAAUGUUGGACAGUCAGUGACAGAUGUGUGGGCAGUUUACAGAAGGUGGUUAUGCAUGGACACCUUCGUGAUUAAAUGUAAACAGUUGGUCCUAUCCAAUUAGGUCAGACAUUUUAUGUUGCCAACCUUAAAUCAACCUACUGAACAUGGGUUUAAUGGGGAUACAAUAGUGCUAAACAAAAAUUGAAUUUUAUAGAAAGUCACAUUAAGUCCUUUAAUGCUUUAAGUGUAUAGUGUGCUGCUUUUACAGUGAUGUUGUCACUGAAAAAUGCAUUUGCCAGUAUACAACACUGCACCUGAAAGCUAAACUGUUUAUGAAGUGUUGAUUUCAACUAAAGAAAUAUUGCAAUGCUACUCAUCUUUCUGAUAUUACUCAUGGUAUAAUAAUUCAUUUGUCCACAACAUGAUGCUUAACUACACUGAGCUACUCUAGUGACAUGCCUAGAGUGAAAAUUUGCAAUGGAUUUACUAGCUGGAAUGAAGGUUUCUGCAUUAUUUUACAUAAUGCGGCUUUGUGGGUGUUUUGGACCGUUUAAUCUAAAAGGAGAACCAAAACAUCAAAACGUUGCUGUAAUGAAACUUUUUAUAUUCAACUUAUUGGGCUAAAUAAACUUGAAUUAGACAAGGUGAUAACUAUUAUGUUUUAAUGUUAAAUGAAAAGGCAAGGUUUCUGUAUUUAAUGUAGUGAAAUAAAAAAAUAUACUAAUCUAAUUGA